AUGGAUGAAAAAAGCAUCCCAGAGGGUAACCCGCCCCCGGUAUUCCGCAUCGACCUGUCACUGCCCCCCUCCGAGCGCUAUGUUGAACUAGCCAGCCUGUAUCGAGAUCGAAUGCGGGCUCUAAGGGGCAUGUUCGACGAGCUGAUCCAGUCCAUUUCGCCCAAGAUCCCCUUAAAGCUAGUUCAUUGCCUUGCCCGGUCAUUCUUGCGCAAACUGUACACCGACGAAGAAACAGAGGAGCUUCGCGGCAUUAGCCGCGUCACGGAUAUUGAUAUGUACCUCUUAAUCUCCCUCAAUACGGUGCUCGAUCUAUUGAUGGGCUGUACGAGCGGUGGUGUACGCACCAAGUGCGGAUCCAGUACAAAAAUGCUUCACUUCCGGACUUUGGACUGGGGUAUGGAUCCGUUGCGUGAUUUGAUCGUUCAACUAGAGUUUAGGCGAGGAGAUGACCCCACGCUGCUUGCUACGACGGUCACGUAUGUUGGGUAUGUGGGUGUCCUGACGGGUGUGAGGAAGGGUCUCAGCGCCUCGCUCAAUUUCAGGCCUGUUCACGACACUUCGAAGAAUUUGGCUUUCUAUUCCAACCAUGUUCUCGUGCUUCUUGGGAUUCGGCAAUCUAUCUCGUCACUGCUGCGACAGUGCAUCUUUUCUUCUCCGUCUGCCCGGCCUGGGGGCUCAAAUCUAUCGACUCUGGAAAGCAUUGUUGAAAAUGUUCCCAGCAUGCCCACGACAGCUGCCUACUUCAUCUUCAGCGACGGGGCAACCACGGUGACCAUGGAGAAAGACCACCGCACAGCAAUCGUGCGCUCUUCACCUUCAUUCAUCGUCACAACCAAUCACGACCAACAGUCUGACACUUCUCUGAAAGCUAUCGCCGAAGAUAAAAGACACCACCAUGCGGGUCUCACACUGGUCUCAGAUGGCAUCGAGACCAUGGCAGACCUAAUCGAAGACAGUAAUGAGAGACGUGACUGCAUAAAGUCCAGAUGGGACAAGAAAUUGCAGCUGCACAUGCAAGCCCGGGAAAGGGUCGAGAGUGUCGAGAAUGUCGAGAGGCAGGAGGCCGAGCAGAACCUGUCGGAUCAGCCACAGGGAACGCGGUCAUCACCGCGCCUGAGGCGGAAAAGGGAAAAGGAAGCGGAAAUGGAGCGAAGACAGGCUUCUAUGUCUCGUUGUGAUGACUCUGAUCUGGCUAUCAGUGAGAAAGAAGUGAUAUCUUGGCUCACCACUUACCCGGUUCUGAAUGAAGAAACGCACUACGCUACUAUCAUGGACCCGUCUGAGGGGAAAGUGGUAUGGGUUAAAUGGUAUGACCCAAGUGAAUGGGGGGAGUGA